AUGAGUUUACUCUCACACCUGGGCGUAAAUGGAAUCGACAACGUCCCUCUCACCAAUGGUAUAACAGCGCAUCCUACAGAAUGGGUUGUCCAGAAGUUUGGAGGUACAAGCGUGGGGAAAUUCGCCGUUGAUAUCGUGGAUCGUGUCAUAUAUCCUAGUACUCUAACCCAUAGAGUUGCUGUCGUCUGCUCAGCCAGAAGCAGCUCAUCCAAAGCGGACGGGACGACCAAUCGGUUACUUCGCGCCGCUCGCGAAGCAGGGGGAACUAUGAAAUCUACGUAUUAUGUUGCCCUCGUUGAUGCCGUCCGACAUGAACAUGUCCAAGUUGCUCAGGACCUUCUCCGAAACCCAGAACUAAAGGAACAAUUGAUUAAUGCAAUCGAAAAUGAAUGCACGCACACCCUCAAAAUCCUCGAAGCUGCUCAAACCCUUGGGGAAAUAACUGCAAAAUGUGUGGACAAAGUGAUAAGCACUGGAGAGAAGCUAAGUUGUCGCAUAAUGGCAGCUUUGCUGGAGGAUCACGGUGUUGAGUCGGAAUACAUCGAUCUAUCAGACGUGAUCUAUUUUGCGACAAGUACCCAGUCACUCGACCAGACGUUUUAUGACCGCCUGGUUGUCGCGCUGGCCGAAAAGAUUGAGGCAUGUGGAAGUAAAGUGCCCGUGAUCACAGGCUACUUUGGGCCAGUGCCUGGUGGCUUGCUGGACAAGAUCGGCCGAGGCUAUACUGACCUCUGCGCCGCGCUUGUCGCAGUGGGUAUCAACGCACAUGAGCUUCAGGUCUGGAAGGAGGUAGACGGUAUUUUCACAGCUGAUCCGCGAAAAGUACCCACGGCACGGCUUCUCCCGGCGAUUACACCCGCAGAAGCUGCAGAAUUGACAUUCUACGGUUCUGAGGUGAUCCACCCUUUCACUAUGGAGCAGGUCAUCCGCGCACGGAUCCCCAUCCGGAUAAAAAAUGUCAUGAAACCCAGGGGCAAGGGUACAGUGAUUUUCCCAGACCCCGCAGAACUAAACAAGACAGCACUAGGCCAUGAACCAAAGAUCUUCCGUACGCGGAGUCCCAGCAUACUUUCACAGGAUCAGCAGGGCCCGAAACGACCGACUGCAGUAACAGCCAAACACAAGAUCCUCGUCAUAAAUGUCCAUUCGAACAAGCGAUCAUUAUCUCAUGGGUUUUUCGCAGGAAUUUUUUCUGUGCUGGAUAAAUGGAGACUCUCAAUCGAUCUAAUAUCCACGAGCGAAGUGCACGUGUCCUUAGCGCUCCAUUCCGAACUGCCAUUACUGAACGGCGUUGGCCAGGACGAGUACCAGAUUAUCGACGAAGACCUAAGAGGCGCCAUCCAGGACCUCCGUCGGUAUGGUACGGUGGAUAUCAUUCCGCAGAUGGCGAUUUUAAGUCUCGUGGGACGGCAGAUGAAGAACAUGGUUGGCAUCGCGGGACGCAUGUUCUCGACGCUGGGGGAGCACAACGUCAACAUCGAGAUGAUUUCGCAGGGUAACUACCCUCUUCUCCACGAUAUUUGGGUUCUGGUACCACAUCUCCCUUUGUGGGCAUAG